AUGUCCUUCAUCUUCCCCUGCUUUCGUUUCUCUCUGUCUCUCACCUUCUUCCUUGUGACCAUCGACUCCGCUCGCCGAGUCCAACCCACCAGCUCCUCCCACACUCACCAGCUCGGACCAGCCCCAGUACCGGUCUUCCUGCCUGCCGGUCGGCUGGAGCGCAGGGCCCCGUUUUGCUCUUCCCGCUCUCGGCUGGACCACCCCAAAAGACUGGGAUACGGCUAUUCAAUAGUCCACCAAGACACCGCGCGGGGGCUACGGGAUAGCCGCUUGGGCGAUCUCGGUUCUUGUCGCGGCUCACGAGUUGCCUUUCGAGAUCUGAAUGAAUGGAAUUUGUUCCUCAAAACACCCGAGGCUCGAGAAAUCUUCCGAGGAGCCGGAAAAGGGGUCUCGCACAACUGCAUGAUGGCUCAGGUGUCAGCCCUCCGGGAUGCAUUGCCGGACGAGGAGCUCGCGGCACGUCUUGAUAAGGUUCGCACCAGCAAGGAAUCAACUUCAACUCAAGAGUUGACUCCAUCUGAACUGGCACUCGAUGGUGAGGUGGAUUCGUCGCCGGGUCCUCAAGAAAAGGCUGUGACUCUAUCGGGCAUGCGAGCCUCUGUCUCAGCCAGUCGAAAUUCAGGCCGAGUAGAGAACUUCCUUGAUGAAUGGCUUAAAAAGGUAGGUCACCAAUUUAGUAAUAUCUGCAUGAUGCACACCGCAGCUGACCCGCUUCGACAGGCUAAGACUGUUGCAUGUAGUACAAACUGUGAUAUGAUUGUAUUUGCGGUAUCAAGACACCUAGGGCCACAUUCCUUCCAGUUGGUCAAAACGACACACGGUGCGACCCCAUUCCGCAAGUACGCCGACGACAUCAAUGGCCUGAACACCUAUGCAGCUCGCUUUCAGUCCUACUUGACUGGACACAGCACCGAUCAGAUUGCCGAGCUUGCCGAGGGACUUGAGAAGGACCCAUCAAGACCCAUCAGUGUCACAACACGGAUUUCCCGCCUCAUCGCCAAGAAAACAGAGAAGAUACUGGUCAAACGGCCUUGGUCGAGAAACAAGAAGAAACUUGCGGCGGCAGGCUUUUGCCUUGUCCUCCACCCUGAAAUACGAACUCCUUAUGAGAAGAUCUCCUCACCAAGCCGUCGCCUCACGCCGACCGAUAUCCGCCGGCUUCAUAUUGACUUGGAUGACCGAUUUAUUGACAUUGUCAAAGUAAAUCCUUCAACCAAAUCCAACAACACUGACUCAGAUGCAAGCAGUAGCGAAUUGACGCCUGGUCCUCAAGGCAAACAAUCAACCGCUGGUAAUCAAGUCAAACGACCGAAGGCUGUUCAUCAAGCAAAACAACCAAACCCUAGUCAUCGAGCCAAAAAAACCGCCCCUUGCCCUCCACUUCAACGAUCGCCAACACCUUGUGUUCAACAUGAACGAUCUCACUCAGUUUCUAACAGUGAAGAAUCUCUGGCUACAUUUCGUCGCCGACAUAGAGAGCACGUCCACGCGGCCAGAAAUCACCCAACUCCUCCUAGCCUUAGCUCUUCUCAAGAAGAUGCCAAAGGCCAAACUGAUCAAGAUUCAAACUAUGAUGGCUCUGCCGGUGGCUGGCAGGAAGGAUCUGAAAGUGAUUCACAUUAA